AUGUGCAUCAUCACAGGAGCCUCGAAGGGAUUCGGACGGGCACUUGCACACCUUGUGUUAAACUAUCUCAAGACGGGCUCCGUGCUGCUGCUGGUGGCUCGCUCCAGGCCUUUGCUCCAGCAACUGAAGGAGGAACUGCUGCAAAAUCUCAAGGACAUGCAGGAAAUUACUAUUUUCUGUACGGUAGCAGAUCUGAGUACCAAAGAGGGCGUCGAGGACACCGUGGCCAUGGCAAGACAGCAGAGUCUCAAAGAAAUAGACCACGUGCUUCUUAUCAAUAACGCUGGAAAUAAAGCCCCAAUUGAAUACGGACUACGACGUCUCUUUCAUCGUCUGUUUUUCACUGUCAAUGUUAAAGUUGCAGGAGCGAGAGCCUCAUUGGGUGACAUCUCCCCUUUUGAGAAUUUCACCGAGCUCGAGCGGGUCAAUUCCUACCUGGCCUUCAACGUUAGCUCCGUGUUGGCGCUGACUGCGGGAAUGUUGCAGGCCUUUCCGCCGCGAGCUGGAUUGCAAUGGAGCGUGGUCAACUGCUCCUCAAUGUUUGCAGUGCAGGCGCUGCCCUCGUGGGUUCUCUACUGCACUGCCAAAGCGGCCAGGGACAUGAUGUUCAGGGUGCUGGCAGUCGAGAAUCCGAAUGUCAAAGUGCUCAGCUACGCGCCGGGGCCAAUGGACACACAGAUGCAGGAGGAUAUUCGGAGGCUAACGGGCAUCCAGUAUCAUCUGCACCCAUGCCGUGAUUCUGCAGCCAAGCUAAUGAGGCUUCUUUUAGACAAUGACUUUGUCACAGCCUGUCACGUUGACUUCUUUGAUUUGUGAUCUCGACAGCAUGCAUAUUCUAACAUUGGGUAAGAGUAAGUAAGCAGGCGUAGUUUUUCAGCUGAAUUUAAUACAUAUAGUACCUGGACUACUGGCAUGUUUUGGUUGACUUCUGAAUUGCUAAACACAAAGUAUGGUGGCUCUCAAGGAUCAGAAAGGCCCAAUACUGGACUGUACAUAAAGAAUGAGAACAUCUGGUCUGAUUUUAACACAAGCAAUCCACGCUUCGCAUGCUUGCUAAUGUAACAAUGAUCAAGUUUUCCAGACCGGCCAUUCCAUUAAGACAAAGAAGACUCCUUUAUAGAAUCUUUUUCCAACAGGACCGGGAAUGACCAAGCCCCACUUUGGAGACUCACAUUUCAGAGGACCAAAAACUUUGUACUCUUGACCGCUGACUGCAAGACUCAAAUGAAGGUGAAAUUCCCGCAGCUCAUCAACAUGUGCAGACUUUAGCCGAUUGUGUACGAUGUGUUGCUUCAAACUGGGUUUAAAUGGAUAAGUUCGCCACAUGAGUCCCACGUUUGUCCUUUUAGAAAGUUAACACCAGCUCGUGCAAAGAUUGUUAAUUUUUUGUUGUUUUUUCCCUUUCAUUUUAUUUAUCCUAUUAUCAUUCUUUGCUACUCCUUUUCACAGUAGUUAGUUUCCUUGUGAUGUACCUCUUUCAACUCCCAUGUUGAUUUACAGAAUAAACGCCAUCAUCAAACUUGAA